AUGCCACGCACCAAGGAGGAGCCAGAGCUCUCGGAGUUCGAGAAGCAGCGCGCGGCGAAUAUCGCCGAGCGCGAUGCGCUUCUGAAGAAACUAACACUUGAAGCCCAAUCUGCAGGCAUAUUCUCCAAGCCGCCUGCCUCGAAAUCUUCCUCCCAAACAAAGAAGAAACCCGCGCCGAAGAGAGUUAAGAAAGAAGAUGAACCGCCUGUGCCACGGCGAAUGUCCUCACGUCUCAGGGGGUUAGCGGCUGAAAGUGAGAUCGCUAAGCGGAAAGCUGAGGAUGAAUACCAAGCAAUGAAAGCAGCCGCUCAGGCCAAAAGGAUGCGAAUCUCCGGGGAUUUGAACGUGGGAGAUAUCGUUGUGGGAGAAAAUAAAUGGAACGAGACAGGAUUACAGGGGCUAGGCAUCGUCAAUUCAGCUCAAAGAUAUCAAAGGACAUUUGGAGAAGAAGACAUUAAAAAGACGACAAAUAAAGAAUUAAAGGAAUUGAGGGAGAAAAUGAGCGGCCUCCAGCUCUGGGAGCUCUGGGAGCCAAACCGAAUCAAAAUUACGCGAGAAAGAAUCUAUUCCAUGUUAUUUCAUCCCACUGAGUCAAAGCCCUUGAUUUUUGCUGGUGAUAAAACUGGACAUCUGGGUAUUUUGGACGCAUCGCAGCAGCCUGACCAAAAUGAGAGCGACGAGGAAGAUGAAUACCCCGACCCAACAAUCACAACUAUAAAGCCUCAUACAAACACUAUUAGUGCCAUGCACAUUCACCCAUCUGACCCUUCAAAACUUUACAGCGGGAGCUAUGAUAGCUCCAUCCGCGCCCUGGAUCUAGAAAAGUCAGUCGCAACUGAAGCAUAUGCACCGGCUUCUAACUCUGAUGAUGAGCCAUUGUCAGGCAUAGACAUGGCUCCGACAGAUCCCCAUGUUCUUUACUUUACUACCUUAGACGGAUUCUUCGGACGACAUGAUAUGCGAGUGUCCAGCAAAGCGAACCCCGGCGAUGGAUCCGCUGUCACUUUCUACCAGCUCUCAGAGAAAAAGAUUGGAGGAUUUUCAUUAUGUCCUACCCAACCACACUACAUGGCAACCGCAUCGUUAGACAGAACCAUGAAAGUGUGGGAUCUGCGACAUCUUUCCACUAAGCAUCCCAAGCCCGUGGGCGAACACGAAAGCUCGCUGUCAGUUUCCCACGCAGCGUUCAACCAGAAAGGCCAAAUUGCUACAACCUCUUACGAUAACUCCAUCAAAAUCUACGACUUAGCUUCGAAAGGUCUGAAAGACUGGAAGCCAAACCAUACACUCUCGGAGGACGAAAUGGCGCCUGAUGCUGUGAUAAGACACAAUUGCCAAACUGGAAAAUGGGUUACAAUUCUCCGCCCCCAAUGGCAAGCGUGCCCGGAUAGUCCCGUUGAGCGAUUCUGCAUCGGAAACAUGAACCGGUUUGUGGACAUAUACACAUCAACAGGGGAACAACUGGCCCAGUUAGGUGCAGAUGUGAUAACUGCUGUUCCGGCCGUUGCGGUGUUUCAUCGGACUCAAAACUGGGUCGUUGGAGGUACGGGGAGCGCGAAGGUCUGCUUGUGGAUGUAG